UGAACGCAUCACAGUCUGCAGACCGAUGAUGUCAGUUUACGAUGUAGGAGUCUCUGCAUCACCAUGUGUGCCGACACAGUAUAGGCCUACUGCUGACCGUCAGCGGGCAAGCAGUGGAGAAAGAGGAGGGGAGGAAAAGUGUGUUUACACAGACGGCAAACUGCCUGGGGAAUCGUAGGGGAGAGGAAGUCAGCCGGCUCUGUGUCUGCCUGCUCCAACUUCCUGCUCAGAAAAAGAAAAAGCACAGGAUCCUAUUUCAGUCCAGCACAACUCCUGUAGACCAGAAGUAAGCAUGGAAAAACAAGGAAUCACACAAGCGUCGCCGUAAACUUUUUCGGAGGGACCAGACCGAGCCGGAGAUCGCAGGAAUGGACAGUGCCAUCACUCUGUGGCAGUUCUUGCUGCAGCUGCUGCUCGAUCAGAGUCACAAGCACUUGAUAUGCUGGACGUCCACAGACGGCGAGUUCAAGCUCCUCAAGUCGGAGGAAGUGGCCAAGCUGUGGGGGCUGCGCAAGAACAAGACCAACAUGAACUACGACAAGCUGAGCAGAGCCCUGCGCUACUACUACGACAAGAACAUCAUCAAGAAGGUGAUUGGCCAGAAGUUUGUUUAUAAGUUUGUGUCCUUCCCUGAGAUCCUUAAGAUGGACCCGCAGGCGGUGGAGAUGGGUCUGGCUUCGGGAAGGCUUCCCCUUCAAGAACAAGAGGCCCAGGAGCUGGAAGUGGAGGAGGAGGAGGAGGAAGCUGAGGAGGAGGCCCAGAGGAGGACCCUGGCAGCCUUGGGGGCACAGCAGUGUCGGAAUGACUACCUCCACUCGGGUCUCUACUCGUCAUUCAGCAUCAGCUCCCUGCAGAAGCAGCCCGAACUCCUCCGUGCCCUGCAGGAGCGUCAGGAGGAGCAGCGCUCCGUCAUCCGCUUCGGCACCAAUGCCAACGAGAGGAGCUCUCCUCCCUCAGCCAAGCCCGAGUCCUAUGUCUCACCGGGGCCAUCUAAACUCGCCUCUCAUUCCCCCUCCCCGUCCUCUCCUCACACUCAGCGCGGCCGGAGCCCCGCUGCUGAGGAGGAGGAGCAGGAGGACUCUGACCAAAGUGCUCAACCCCUCAAUCUGUCCUCCGGGCACAGAGGGCGAGCCCUGCAGCCUCCUGAAAAGAGGAGCAGCAGCGGCGGUGGCAGAAGCAGUUCUCUUAACAGUAGCGCUAACCACGGAGAUGGACUCCCCCCAAAAAGCAAAAAGCCUAAAGCUCUGGAGAUUUCAGCGCCGCCCCUGCUGCUGGCAGGGAGCGACAUCGGCUCCAUCGCACUCAACAGCCCGGCGCUGCCGUCUGGGUCACUCACUCCGGCCUUCUUCACUGCACAGACUCCCUCGGGUUUGCUGCUGGCUCACAGUCCGCUGUUGUCAGGCAUCCACUUCUGGAGCAGCCUGAGCCCAGUCGCUCCGCUCAGCCCCGCCCGGCUGCAGGGCCACAGCUCCCUCUUUCAGUUCCCCAGCCUAAUCAACGGACACAUGCCUGUCCCCCUGCCAAACCUGGAAGGAACACCCUCCUCCCUGCUCCUGUCUCCCACCACUCACAAAUCCUGAUCCAGGAUCUGUGGAAAAUGCCGCAAAUUCAUUGUUCUCUUGUUGAAAGUUUCUCAUCAUCAUAAUAAUCAUCAGCAGCAGCAGCGAUCUCUUAUUCAUGAUGUCAGAUUUUGUCUCAGAAAAGCAGAGACAGUUAUGUGACCUCACCUUUUUUUUCUCUUUUAUUUUUGCACUUGACUUGCUUCAGAUUCUGAGUGGUUGAAAGCACUUGGUAAAAGCCAUACGCCACGAUGUCUCAGAGACAUCUGGCCUCUUUAUGAUAAAGAACAGCACGUUUCUACACUAGCCUGUCCGCGACGGACAGAAGCGCAGCUGCGAAAGGCUAACCAGCCGCUCAGCCUGCGCAGAGCCUGGUUCUUUUAAUCUUUAGAAAAAAGAAAAGAAAAAAAGAAACAAGUCUACUUGUUAACAAUGUGAAACUGAUCGUUUCACUUAACGUGGUAUUGUAUGUAACGUAUGCACUAUGCUUCUCAGAUAGUACCGGCUGUGCCUUGUUGUCCUGUUUUUGUUUUCACUUUAUUUCAAAAUCUUUUAAUGAAGACGAGAUUUCAAAUGAAUGAAAACCUUGUAACACUUACGUUCUUGUUUUUGUUUGUUUUUUUAUACUGGACUUGGUAAUACAAUAUGUAUUCUGUAUAUUUUUUUUUUGUAUUGUGAAGAAUGUCAUUUUCAAUAAACAAAGCAUUGAAUGCUUAAGCAGAGUUGAAACUUUGUAGAGCAGCUGAAACAAACAAAAAAAAAAACAAACACUUUUGGUUUUAAACCUUUAGAUUUAAUUUUUCUUUACUCUGGAAAAAAAAACUGAAAUAUGGGAGGGCAUCUGCAAUGAAAUCCCACACCAACAAAAAUUAUUCACAAAUAAAGAAUAUCAUACAAAA